AUGGCAGCCCCCAAAUCCACCGGUAUUCCCGCCUGGCAACAGCAACAGCAGCCACAGCCCAAGCCGCCUACCGAAGACGACGACUCCGACUCCUCCACUUCCACCUCCACCUCUUCCGACGCCAAUUCCUCCGUCGACACCCCCACCACCACCUCCGCCGAUAAUGCCUCCGACGAUGACAUUGAUAUUAACUCCCGCGCCUCCCUUCGCCAACAGGCCCUCCGCUUCCUGCAAGACCAAUCCAUCCGCGACGCCUCCAUCGAGCGCAAACGCACCUUUUUGCGUUCCAAAGGCCUCUCCGACGCCGAUAUCCGCGACCUGCUACCCGAGCCCGGCGAUGAGAAUACACCACCUGCCACUCCGUCCACCACGAGCACACCCAGCUUCACGAACACACCAUCAAGCACAGACACAUCCACACCCGCUCCAAUGCAGUCAUACAAACAACAAUCUCCCGCGCGCGACGUCCCGCCCAUAAUAACCUACCCCGAGUUCCUCACUCAACCCACCGCUCCGCCGCCACUUAUCACGCCCACGCGCGUCGCACACGCCUUGACCGCCGCGGCCGGUCUCGCCGCCACACUCUACGGAAUGUCCUCCCUCCUCGUGCAGCCCAUGGCCGCCGCCCUCUCCGCCGCCCGCCACGACCAAUACGCGCACGCAAACUCCCGCCUCGAAGAGCUGAACAACAAGCUCGCCGGACUCGUCUCCGCCGUGCCCGCCGCGGCGCGACCCGGCACCAAGCACAGCAACACCUCCUCCAACAAAGACACCGACAGCGACGACGCCUCCAGCACCGUCUCCGACCCCACAGAACUCUACUCGCGCGACCGGGGGACGCAGACGUCACCACCACCCUCUCCGCCCCUCCCUCCCACAAUCUCGCCCACGCCCGUCCCAGGCGGCACACCCGCAGACCCGACGAUGACGCACUCCUCGCUGCUCAGCGCCCUCUCGCGACGCGUAGCAGACACGGCUGCCCUGGCCGCAGCAUCGACGGACCGCGCCGCCAAGCCGCUCGAGCCAGUGCGCGACCUUACAUCAUACCUGCACGAGCUGCAAGCGGCAGGGCUGGCGUGGGGCAGCGAUUUCUACAGCGUGCGGUACGCUGCUGUGCGGGGUGCGGGCGGAGGAGAGGACGACGCGGUCGAGGCGGUGCGGAAGGACAUCCGCGGCGUCAAGGGCGUGUUGCUGGCGGCGCGGAACUUUCCGAGCGCGCCGGCCGCGGCGGCUGCUGCUGCUGCGGGGAGAGGGGAGAGGUAG